AAAAAGAAAAAAAAUUAUCCAGCUGCCGUUUGCCGAAAGUUAAAUGACGUGUGAUUUCUAUUGUUGAUGUCAAAGCAAUGGCACUAUCAUUUAUGUUGAAAAAAUUCUUGAGAGCUGUUGUUGUUUAAUCACUUUGCUUUGAAUUGUGUAAUUCCGCUUAUGAUAUCGUUCAUUGGAAAAAGCAAAGAAACUAAUUACAAUAAUAAUUGCUAAAAGUUUGAAUUCAGCAGUUACCUUGUGACUGAAUUCUAUAAUGUUGAGAUGUGCUGUAAUAGCUUUCAGCAUUAUCAUAUGUUUUUCCGUUUGCAUUGAGAAUUGAUUUGUUAUCUACAAUUAAAACUAAAAAAUUUGAAACCGAUGGCAUCCAACAAAAUGCCGGUAGAUAUUAAUCGUCUCACUGAAGGCUGGUUAGAAUUAGAAUCGGAUCCAGGACUCUUUACACUACUUUUGGAAGAUUUUGGCGUAUACGGCGUACAGGUCGAAGAGGUUUAUGAUCUUCAGAAAUCAAUUGAAGGUCCUGUGUAUGGUUUCAUAUUUCUGUUUCGAUGGAUCGAGGAAAGAAGAGCUCGACGCAAAAUAGUCGAAACAACCGCCGAAAUUUUUGUGAAAGAUGAUGAAGCCGUAUCAAGCAUAUUUUUUGCUCAGCAGGUUGUUCCCAAUAGUUGCGCCACUCAUGCUCUGUUGUCCGUUUUAUUAAAUUGUAGUGAAGCUGAAUUACAUUUGGGCGAUACCUUGAGUCGUUUAAAAAGUCAUACCUUGCAUAUGUCACCUGAAAAUAAAGGUUGGGCAAUAGGAAAUACACCUGAGUUAGCUUGUGCACAUAAUUCUCAUGCCAUGCCACAGGCUAGAAGAAGAUUAGAACGGAAUGCCGGCUCUGGAGUAUCGACAGGGCGAUUCACUGGUGAAGCGUUCCAUUUUGUUAGCUUUGUGCCUAUUAAUGGUCACCUUUUUGAACUGGAUGGAUUAAAACCAUAUCCAAUGGACCACGGCGGUUGGGAUAUAAAUGAAGAUUGGACUGAUAAGUUUAGACGUGUCAUGGCUGAGCGUUUGGGUAUAACAACUGGAGAGCAAGAUAUUCGCUUCAAUCUGAUGGCCGUUGUACCAGAUCGACGGAUAGCAAUAACACACAAAUUAAAAAUGUUAAGAACUAAUCAAGCGAUUGUGUCUGGUACAUUGCAAAAAUUACUCAAGUCCAAUGAAGGUAACUUAGAUAACUCUUCUACAAAGCCGAGCGAAAACGGCGCAGAGUUAAAUUGGGAACAACAGCGAUCAGUAUCCCCCUCGCCUUUGUUAGAAGCCCCAAACGCGUUCACAGUGCGCGAUUUGCAAUCGUUGUUGAAAAAUUUGGAUUCUGAAAUUGCAAUAAAUGAACAACAUUUAAACGAUGAGAACGAUCUUCGUUAUAUGUUCAAAGUUGAUGAUUGCCGUCGCACCCACAACUAUGACGAAUUUAUUUGCACAUUUCUUUCUAUGUUAGCCCAUCAAGGAGUGCUCGGUGAGUUAGUAAGUCAACAUUUGUUACCCUCAAAAAAAAUCAGUGGUCAAAAUGUCACUAGUCGGAUUGGGAAACAAAGCGCUAAUAACACAGUUGCGCAAAAGCAAAAAAGUGGAAAAUCUCCAAAAGCUCCUGGGCGUCGAAGAAAAGGACGCAAUAAGUGCAGAAAGCGAAAAUAGAAUUUUACCACAAAAAAUUUUCUUUUGCUUUUAUUAAUUUCAAUCUAGAUUCAACUUAUUCAUACGAGGUUCGCUAUAAGCACAAUGUCAAUAUUAAAAAUUUCGAGAAGCCCUAAAGGAGGAAGAUGUUUUUAAUGGAAAAUAUUACUUUUUCAAAAUCUUGUUCAAAUACAGAUCGAUAAU